AUGCCUGCUCUCGAUCACUCUCUCGUGGUGCGCGAUCAGUUCCAUCAACUCUUCAAGCGAAAGAAUUGGGCUGCGCACCACCCUGGUGUUGUGCUCGUGUUUUGCAUCGUUUUCAUUGUUGGAGCUGGAGUCAUCGGUCUCGUGGUGUAUCGGAAGGUUCUCGCAGCGAGAGCACGUCGCCAGGCCCGCACCAAAACGGGCUUAAUGGUGCUGCUGGCGAUGGUUCGACCUGUCUACACCAGCACUACUUUUGCUAUUCAUGAACUGUAA